AUGCCGAGUGUUUCAUUCUAUACUUCCAUAUUUGAAAGUGUGAUACCGAGGGAAUUCCCCAUGAUAUUUUUCUUUCUAAAACUAUGUCUUAACUUGGAACAAGGUCUUGUUAAUUUGAUUUGACUUUGUAUUUUUUAGUUCGAUUGAAGAACAGGUUUGGAAGUUGUAGGACUGGAAGCAUUAUGUUUUAAACCUUAAAAUCAACACUUCUUCCACAAUGAUUGAAACAGAUGCAGUACAGCCAGCCCAAGCUUCAUAUUUCCGAAUGUUGCUCAAGAAAGUGGAUGAACAACUUGUUUCACGGGACUUAAAUGCCAUCAAAUUCCUCUGCCGUGAUGUACUGCCACACUCAAAACUAGAGAAAAUCAACAGAGGUUUAGCACUGUUCACAGAGUUAGAAUAUAAAGGGUUGCUAAGCCCAAAUAAUUUGAAACUAUUAGAGGAAUGUCUUUUUAGGAUACAAAGAGCAGACUUGUUGAAGCAAAUGGGAUUCUCACUACGUGAUAUGAAAAAUAAAAUAGAGCAGCAUGGAGAACAACUGAGUCCAUUUAGGGUUCUACUGCAUGACAUUGCAGAAGAUGUAUCUAAAAGUGAAGUAGAAUCCAUGAAGUUUAUUGCUCAAGCACAUGUUCCUAGAUACAAGACAGAAAAUGCCAAGGAUCUACAGACAUUAUUUGUAGCUUUGGAACAGCAGAAUUUGCUGACCCCAGAUGACCUUGAUGUUCUAGUGGAGAUGGUUCAAUGCAUAGACAGGAAGGAUUUGCUGACAAAGAUUGAUUCUUAUAAAACACUAAGUCGCCAUGGAAAUGUGAUUGACCUUAAAAGGAGGGAGCCAGUGGUGGUGCCCCCAAAAGUACCCAUGAUGCCCAAGAGGCCAGAGCCAGUAUUAAGGCCCAAUCCCCCACCCCCAGGCAGGUCGCAGCAAACACCACAGAACACUGACAAUAAUAGAAGGCAGCUAGUAGGACAGGGAGAUACAGCUUCAGAACCUAAUAUUGCAGUGCACGAUCAAGAAGCAACGGAGGCCAGGGAUCAGUUCUACAAUCCCAAGGCAGGACAUGCAGAUGCACAACAUGUUGCACAGAGGCUUGAAAGGAUUACAAUACGAGAUGAUCACAUGGACUUACCUUCCUAUAAAAUGGACAGUAAUCCAAGGGGUAUGUGCUUCAUCAUCAAUAAUGAGAAAUUUUAUAAAAUUGAAGGUGACCAAGCCAGCAAGAAGAUGCCUGAUAGAACAGGCACAGAUGUUGACUGUGGUAAUCUGCAUUAUGUGUUUAGCAAGCUGAAAUUCACAGUAAAAGUGUAUAAAGACCUAACAGACCAAGAAAUAACAAGAACCAUGGUUGAUGCUGCUUACAACAUUGACCACAGCACUUAUGACUGUUUUGUUUGCUGCAUCCUCAGUCAUGGUCAAUUAGGGAGUGUGUAUGGUGUAAAUGGAAGGCUGGUGCUAAUCAAGGAUAUUACCAACUGUUUUAAGGCCAAUCUGUGCACCUCAUUAGCAGGCAAACCAAAACUCUUCUUUAUCCAGGCUUGCCAAGGCAAAGACAAGCAGGAAGGGUCUCCGCUGGAAAUGGAUAGUGCCAUGCCAGGCAGGCAGCAGGUGGAAGAGGAUGCCCCCGGUGAACAGGAGACCAUUCCUAAUGAGGCGGACUUCCUGAUGGGCUAUGCCACCAUCCCAGGCUUUGUUUCCUACAGGAGCAGGACCCAUGGCUCAUGGUACAUCACAAAACUGGUGGAAAUGCUGGAUAGAUAUGGAGAAAGGUAUGACCUUGUUAGCAUAAUGACGCGUGUAAAUGAAGAGGUUGGGAAGGCAAAUGCAGAACUUCGAGAUGGCAGAUAUAAGCAGAGUCCUGCUCCAAUGUUCACCUUGAGGAAACGCAUAUUUUUUACAUAGCUUUAAUAGAAAUCUCUUGAAAUCAAUGGAGCCCUAAAAUUUGGAAGACAAAUGUUUAUUCUUUAUACAAUACACCUCUUCCUUUGAGAAAAUGAAUCAAAUGAUCUUACAGGAUUUGUUUUGUGUUAAGGUAUGUAAGUGUUGAAUAUUUCCACCGACUAGUUUUUUUAGAAAUCAUACAUGUACUUCUUGUCAUCAAAAUGGUAUUAGUAUUUACGUUACAAAGGCAAAAUGGUAAUCAGGUAGUGCUGAAUCUCUCAGAGUGAUUAAGACUCCAUUUCCAUAGAUUUUAGAUCGAUCUAUCCCUGUGGGGAGUCUCACUAGAUUACUGUCAGCUUAGCCAGCUUAAACA